CUAAGUACAACUGGAGAUAUUCCAACAGAAGAAAUAAUUUCCAGCCCUGCAUCUGUAUUGAGUACAACUGUAGAUACAUCAACCGCAAAAAUUACUAGCACUACAUAUGCGCAUAGUACAAAUGUAGACAUAUCAACAUCUGAGUUAACUGCCAACACUUCAUCUGAACUGAGUACUACUGGAAACAUAUCAACAGAAGAAAUAAUCACCAGCCCUGAAUCUGUACUGAGUACAACUGCAGAUACAUCAACCGCAAAAAUGACUAGCACUACAUAUGAGCAUAAUACAAAUGUAGACACAUCAACACCUGAGUUAAUUUCCAGCACUUUAUCUGAACUAAGUACAACUGGAGACAUAUCAACAGAGGAAAUCAUUUCCAGCCCUGCAUCUGUAUUGAGUACAACUGUAGGUACAUCAACCGCAAAAUUGACUAGCACUACAUAUGAGCACAGUACAAAUGUGGACACAUCAACUGAGUUAAUUGCCAGUACUCCAUCUGAACUAAGUACAACUGGAGACAUUUCAACAGAGGAAAAAAUCACCAGCCCUACAUCUGUAUUGAGUACAACUGCAGAUAUAUCAACCGCAAAAAUGACUAGCACUACAUAUGCGCAUAGUACAAAUGUGGAAACAUCAACAACUGAAUUAAAUACAAGCACUUCAUCUGAACUAAGUACAACUGGAGAUAUACCAACAGAAGAAAUAAUUUCCAGCCCUGCAUCUGUAUUGAGUACAACUGUAGAUAUAUCAACUGCAAAAAUUACUAGCACUACAUAUGCGCAUAGUACAAAUGUAGACAUAUCAACAUCUGAGUUAACUGCCAGCACUUCAUCUGAACUAAGUACAAGUGGAGCCAUAUCAAAUGAGGAAAUAUUUUCCAGCCCUUCAUCUGUAUUGAGUACAACUGUAGAUACAUCAACCGCAAAAAUGACUGGCACUACAUAUGAGCAUAGUACAAAUGUGGACAUAUCAACAGCUGAGUUAAUUGCCAGUACUUCAUCUGAACUAAGUACAACUGGAGACAUAUCAACAGAGGAAAUAAUCACCAGCCCUACAUCCGUAUUGAGUACAACUGCAGAUAUAUCAUCUGCAAAAUUGACUAGCGCUACAUAUGAGAACAGUACAAAUGUGGACACAUCAACUGAGUUAAUUGCCAGUACUCCAUCUGAGAUAAGUACAACUGGAGACAUAUCAACAGAGGAAAAAAUCACCAGCCCUACAUCUGUAUUGAGUACAACUGCAGAUAUAUCAACCGCAAAAAUGACUAGCACUACAUAUGCGCAUAGUACAAAUGUGGAAACAUCAACAACUGAAUUAAUUACAAGCACUUCAUCUGAACUAAGUACAACUGGAGAUAUAACAACAGAAGAAAUCAUUUCCAGCCCUGCAUCUGUAUUGAGUACAACUGUAGAUAUAUCAACCGCAAAAAUUACUAGCACUACAUAUGCGCAUAGUACAAAUGUAGACAUAUCAACAUCUAAAUUAACUGCCAACACUUCAUCUGAACUAAGUACUACUGGAAACAUAUCAACAGAAGAAAUAAUCACCAGCCCUGAAUCUGUACUGAGUACAACUGCAGAUACAUCAACCGCAAAAAUGACUAGCACUACAUAUGAGCAUAAUACAAAUGUAGACACAUCAACACCUGAGUUAAUUUCCAGCACUUUAUCUGAACUAAGUACAACUGGAGACAUAUCAACAGAGGAAAUAAUUUCCAGCCCUACAUCUGUAUUGAGUACAACUGUAGAUACAUCAACCGCAAAAUUGACUAGCACUACAUAUGAGCACAGUACAAAUGUGGACACAUCAACUGAGUUAAUUGCCAGUACUCCAUCUGAACUAAGUACAACUGGAGACAUUUCAACAGAGGAAAAAAUCACCAGCCCUACAUCUGUAUUGAGUACAACUGCAGAUAUAUCAACCGCAAAAAUGACUAGCACUACAUAUGCGCAUAGUACAAAUGUGGAAACAUCAACAACUGAAUUAAAUACAAGCACUUCAUCUGAACUAAGUACAACUGGAGAUAUACCAACAGAAGAAAUAAUUUCCAGCCCUGCAUCUGUAUUGAGUACAACUGUAGAUAUAUCAACUGCAAAAAUUACUAGCACUACAUAUGCGCAUAGUACAAAUGUAGACAUAUCAACAUCUGAGUUAACUGCCAGCACUUCAUCUGAACUAAGUACAAGUGGAGCCAUAUCAAAUGAGGAAAUAUUUUCCAGCCCUUCAUCUGUAUUGAGUACAACUGUAGAUACAUCAACCGCAAAAAUGACUGGCACUACAUAUGAGCAUAGUACAAAUGUGGACAUAUCAACAGCUGAGUUAAUUGCCAGUACUUCAUCUGAACUAAGUACAACUGGAGACAUAUCAACAGAGGAAAUAAUCACCAGCCCUACAUCCGUAUUGAGUACAACUGCAGAUAUAUCAUCUGCAAAAUUGACUAGCGCUACAUAUGAGAACAGUACAAAUGUGGACACAUCAACUGAGUUAAUUGCCAGUACUCCAUCUGAGAUAAGUACAACUGGAGACAUAUCAACAGAGGAAAAAAUCACCAGCCCUACAUCUGUAUUGAGUACAACUGCAGAUAUAUCAACCGCAAAAAUGACUAGCACUACAUAUGCGCAUAGUACAAAUGUGGAAACAUCAACAACUGAAUUAAUUACAAGCACUUCAUCUGAACUAAGUACAACUGGAGAUAAACCAACAGAAGAAAUAAUUUCCAGCCCUGCAUCUGUAUUGAGUACAACUGUAGAUAUAUCAACCACAAAAAUUACUAGCACUUCAUAUGCGCAUAGUACAAAUGUAGACAUAUCAACAUCUGAGUUAACUGCCAACACUUCAUCUGAACUAAGUACUACUGGAAACAUAUCAACAGAAGAAAUAAUCACCAGCCCUGAAUCUGUACUGAGUACAACUGCAGAUACAUCAACCGCAAAAAUGACUGGCACUACAUAUGAGCAUAAUACAAAUGUAGACACAUCAACACCUGAGUUAAUUUCCAGCACUUUAUCUGAACUAAGUACAACUGGAGACAUAUCAACAGAGGAAAUAAUUUCCAGCCCUACAUCUGUAUUGAGUACAACUGUAGAUACAUCAACCGCAAAAUUGACUAGCACUACAUAUGAGCACAGUACAAAUGUGGACACAUCAACUGAGUUAAUUGCCAGUACUCUAUCUGAACUAAGUACAACUGGAGACAUUUCAACAGAGGAAAAAAUCACCAGCCCUACAUCUGUAUUGAGUACAACUGCAGAUAUAUCAACCGCAAAAAUGACUAGCACUACAUAUGCGCAUAGUACAAAUGUGGAAACAUCAACAACUGAAUUAAAUACAAGCACUUCAUCUGAACUAAGUACAACUGGAGAUAUACCAACAGAAGAAAUAAUUUCCAGCCCUGCAUCUGUAUUGAGUACAACUGUAGAUAUAUCAACUGCAAAAAUUACUAGCACUACAUAUGCGCAUAGUACAAAUGUAGACAUAUCAACAUCUGAGUUAACUGCCAGCACUUCAUCUGAACUAAGUACAAGUGGAGCCAUAUCAAAUGAGGAAAUAUUUUCCAGCCCUUCAUCUGUAUUGAGUACAACUGUAGAUACAUCAACCGCAAAAAUGACUGGCACUACAUAUGAGCAUAGUACAAAUGUGGACAUAUCAACAGCUGAGUUAAUUGCCAGUACUUCAUCUGAACUAAGUACAACUGGAGACAUAUCAACAGAGGAAAUAAUCACCAGCCCUACAUCCGUAUUGAGUACAACUGCAGAUAUAUCAUCUGCAAAAUUGACUAGCGCUACAUAUGAGAACAGUACAAAUGUGGACACAUCAACUGAGUUAAUUGCCAGUACUCCAUCUGAGAUAAGUACAACUGGAGACAUAUCAACAGAGGAAAAAAUCACCAGCCCUACAUCUGUAUUGAGUACAACUGCAGAUAUAUCAACCGCAAAAAUGACUAGCACUACAUAUGCGCAUAGUACAAAUGUGGAAACAUCAACAACUGAAUUAAAUACAAGCACUUCAUCUGAACUAAGUACAACUGGAGAUAUACCAACAGAAGAAAUAAUUUCCAGCCCUGCAUCUGUAUUGAGUACAACUGUAGAUAUAUCAACUGCAAAAAUUACUAGCACUACAUAUGCGCAUAGUACAAAUGUAGACAUAUCAACAUCUGAGUUAACUGCCAGCACUUCAUCUGAACUAAGUACAAGUGGAGCCAUAUCAAAUGAGGAAAUAUUUUCCAGCCCUUCAUCUGUAUUGAGUACAACUGUAGAUACAUCAACCGCAAAAAUGACUGGCACUACAUAUGAGCAUAGUACAAAUGUGGACAUAUCAACAGCUGAGUUAAUUGCCAGUACUUCAUCUGAACUAAGUACAACUGGAGACAUAUCAACAGAGGAAAUAAUCACCAGCCCUACAUCCGUAUUGAGUACAACUGCAGAUAUAUCAUCUGCAAAAUUGACUAGCGCUACAUAUGAGAACAGUACAAAUGUGGACACAUCAACUGAGUUAAUUGCCAGUACUCCAUCUGAGAUAAGUACAACUGGAGACAUAUCAACAGAGGAAAAAAUCACCAGCCCUACAUCUGUAUUGAGUACAACUGCAGAUAUAUCAACCGCAAAAAUGACUAGCACUACAUAUGCGCAUAGUACAAAUGUGGAAACAUCAACAACUGAAUUAAUUACAAGCACUUCAUCUGAACUAAGUACAACUGGAGAUAAACCAACAGAAGAAAUAAUUUCCAGCCCUGCAUCUGUAUUGAGUACAACUGUAGAUAUAUCAACCACAAAAAUUACUAGCACUACAUAUGCGCAUAGUACGAAUGUAGACAUAUCAACAUCUGAGUUAACUGCCAACACUUCAUCUGAACUAAGUACUACUGGAAACAUAUCAACAGAAGAAAUAAUCACCAGCCCUGAAUCUGUACUGAGUACAACUGCAGAUACAUCAACCGCAAAAAUGACUGGCACUACAUAUGAGCAUAAUACAAAUGUAGACACAUCAACACCUGAGUUAAUUUCCAGCACUUUAUCUGAACUAAGUACAACUGGAGACAUAUCAACAGAGGAAAUAAUUUCCAGCCCUACAUCUGUAUUGAGUACAACUGUAGAUACAUCAACCGCAAAAUUGACUAGCACUACAUAUGAGCACAGUACAAAUGUGGACACAUCAACUGAGUUAAUUGCCAGUACUCUAUCUGAACUAAGUACAACUGGAGACAUUUCAACAGAGGAAAAAAUCACCAGCCCUACAUCUGUAUUGAGUACAACUGCAGAUAUAUCAACCGCAAAAAUGACUAGCACUACAUAUGCGCAUAGUACAAAUGUGGAAACAUCAACAACUGAAUUAAAUACAAGCACUUCAUCUGAACUAAGUACAACUGGAGAUAUACCAACAGAAGAAAUAAUUUCCAGCCCUGCAUCUGUAUUGAGUACAACUGUAGAUAUAUCAACUGCAAAAAUUACUAGCACUACAUAUGCGCAUAGUACAAAUGUAGACAUAUCAACAUCUGAGUUAACUGCCAGCACUUCAUCUGAACUAAGUACAAGUGGAGCCAUAUCAAAUGAGGAAAUAUUUUCCAGCCCUUCAUCUGUAUUGAGUACAACUGUAGAUACAUCAACCGCAAUAAUGACUGGCACUACAUAUGAGCAUAGUACAAAUGUGGACAUAUCAACAGCUGAGUUAAUUGCCAGUACUUCAUCUGAACUAAGUACAACUGGAGACAUAUCAACAGAGGAAAUAAUCACCAGCCCUACAUCCGUAUUGAGUACAACUGCAGAUAUAUCAUCUGCAAAAUUGACUAGCGCUACAUAUGAGAACAGUACAAAUGUGGACACAUCAACUGAGUUAAUUGCCAGUACUCCAUCUGAGAUAAGUACAACUGGAGACAUAUCAACAGAGGAAAAAAUCACCAGCCCUACAUCUGUAUUGAGUACAACUGCAGAUAUAUCAACCGCAAAAAUGACUAGCACUACAUAUGCGCAUAGUACAAAUGUGGAAACAUCAACAACUGAAUUAAUUACAAGCACUUCAUCUGAACUAAGUACAACUGGAGAUAUACCAACAGAAGAAAUAAUUUCCAGCCCUGCAUCUGUAUUGAGUACAACUGUAGAUAUAUCAACCGCAAAAAUUACUAGCACUACAUAUGCGCAUAGUACAAAUGUAGACAUAUCAACAUCUGAGUUAACUGCCAACACUUCAUCUGAACUAAGUACUACUGGAAACAUAUCAACAGAAGAAAUAAUCACCAGCCCUGAAUCUGUACUGAGUACAACUGCAGAUACAUCAACCGCAAAAAUGACUAGCACUACAUAUGAGCAUAAUACAAAUGUAGACACAUCAACACCUGAGUUAAUUUCCAGCACUUUAUCUGAACUAAGUACAACUGGAGACAUAUCAACAGAGGAAAUAAUUUCCAGCCCUACAUCUGUAUUGAGUACAACUGUAGAUACAUCAACCGCAAAAUUGACUAGCACUACAUAUGAGCACAGUACAAAUGUGGACACAUCAACUGAGUUAAUUGCCAGUACUCCAUCUGAACUAAGUACAACUGGAGACAUUUCAACAGAGGAAAAAAUCACCAGCCCUACAUCUGUAUUGAGUACAACUGCAGAUAUAUCAACCGCAAAAAUGACUAGCACUACAUAUGCGCAUAGUACAAAUGUGGAAACAUCAACAACUGAAUUAAAUACAAGCACUUCAUCUGAACUAAGUACAACUGGAGAUAUACCAACAGAAGAAAUAAUUUCCAGCCCUGCAUCUGUAUUGAGUACAACUGUAGAUAUAUCAACUGCAAAAAUUACUAGCACUACAUAUGCGCAUAGUACAAAUGUAGACAUAUCAACAUCUGAGUUAACUGCCAGCACUUUAUCUGAACUAAGUACAAGUGGAGCUAUAUCAAAUGAGGAAAUAUUUUCCAGCCCUUCAUCUGUAUUGAGUACAACUGUAGAUACAUCAACCGCAAAAAUGACUGGCACUACAUAUGAGCAUAGUACAAAUGUGGACAUAUCAACAGCUGAGUUAAUUGCCAGUACUUCAUCUGAACUAAGUACAACUGGAGACAUAUCAACAGAGGAAAUAAUCACCAGCCCUACAUCCGUAUUGAGUACAACUGCAGAUAUAUCAUCUGCAAAAUUGACUAGCGCUACAUAUGAGAACAGUACAAAUGUGGACACAUCAACUGAGUUAAUUGCCAGUACUCCAUCUGAGAUAAGUACAACUGGAGACAUAUCAACAGAGGAAAAAAUCACCAGCCCUACAUCUGUAUUGAGUACAACUGCAGAUAUAUCAACCGCAAAAAUGACUAGCACUACAUAUGCACAUAGUACAAAUGUGGAAACAUCAACAACUGAAUUAAUUACAAGCACUUCAUCUGAACUAAGUACAACUGGAGAUAUACCAACAGAAGAAAUAAUUUCCAGCCCUGCAUCUGUUUUGAGUACAACUGUAGAUACAUCAACUGCAAAAAUUACUAGCACUACAUAUGCGUAUAGUACAAAUGUAGACAUAUCAACAUCUGAGUUAACUGCCAGCACUUCAUCUGAACUAAGUACAAGUGGAGCCAUAUCAAAUGAGGAAAUAUUUUCCAGCCCUUCAUCUGUAUUGAGUACAACUGUAGAUACAUCAACCGCAAAAAUGACUGGCACUACAUAUGAGCAUAGUACAAAUGUGGACAUAUCAACAGCUGAGUUAAUUGCCAGUACUUCAUCUGAACUAAGUACAACUGGAGACAUAUCAACAAAGGAAAUAAUCACCAGCCCUGCAUCUGUAUUGAGUACAACUGCAGAUAUAUCAACCGCAAAAUUAACUAGCGCUACAUAUGAGCAUAGUACAAAUGUGGAAACAUCAACAAAUGAAUUAAUUACAAGCACUUCAUCUGAUCUAAGUACAAGUGGAGCCAUAUCAACAGAGGAAAACAUUUCCAGCCCUGCAUCUGUAUUGAGUACAACUGUAGAUACAUCAACUGCAAAAUUGACUAGCACUACAUAUGAGCAUAGUACAAAUGUGGACUCAUCAACUGAGUUAAUUACCAGCACUUUAUCUGAAAUAAGUACAACUGGAGCCAUAUCAAAUGAGGAAAUAUUUUCCAGCCCUUCAUCUGUAUUGAGUACAACUGUAGAUACAUCAACCGCAAAAAUGACUAGCACUGCCUAUGAACAUAGUACAAAUGUAAACACAUCAACAACUGAUUUACUUACCAGCACUUCAUCCAAACUAAGUACCACUGAAGACAUAUCACCAGAGGGAAUAAUCACCAGCCCUGCAUCUGUAUUGAGUACAAAUGUAGAUACAUCAACUGCAAAAAUGACUAGCACUACAUAUGAGCAUAAUACAAAUGUAGACACAUCAACACCUGAGUUAAUUUCCAGCACUUUAUCUGAACUAAGUACAACUGGAGACAUAUCAACAGAGGAAAUAAUUUCCAGCCCUACAUCUGUAUUGAGUACAACUGUAGAUACAUCAACCGCAAAAUUGACUAGCACUACAUAUGAGCACAGUACAAAUGUGGACACAUCAACUGAGUUAAUUGCCAGUACUCCAUCUGAACUAAGUACAACUGGAGACAUUUCAACAGAGGAAAAAAUCACCAGCCCUACAUCUGUAUUGAGUACAACUGCAGAUAUAUCAACCGCAAAAAUGACUAGCACUACAUAUGCGCAUAGUACAAAUGUGGAAACAUCAACAACUGAAUUAAAUACAAGCACUUCAUCUGAACUAAGUACAACUGGAGAUAUACCAACAGACGAAAUAAUUUCCAGCCCUGCAUCUGUAUUGAGUACAACUGUAGAUAUAUCAACUGCAAAAAUUACUAGCACUACAUAUGCGCAUAGUACAAAUGUAGACAUAUUAACAUCUGAGUUAACUGCCAGCACUUCAUCUGAACUAAGUACAAGUGGAGCCAUAUCAAAUGAGGAAAUAUUUUCCAGCCCUUCAUCUGUAUUGAGUACAACUGUAGAUACAUCAACCGCAAAAAUGACUGGCACUACAUAUGAGCAUAGUACAAAUGUGAACAUAUCAACAGCUGAGUUAAUUGCCAGUGCUUCAUCUGAACUAAGUACAACUGGAGACAUAUCAACAGAGGAAAUAAUCACCAGCCCUACAUCCGUAUUGAGUACAACUGCAGAUAUAUCAUCUGCAAAAUUGACUAGCGCUACAUAUGAGAACAGUACAAAUGUGGACACAUCAACUGAGUUAAUUGCCAGUACUCCAUCUGAGAUAAGUACAACUGGAGACAUAUCAACAGAGGAAAAAAUCACCAGCCCUACAUCUGUAUUGAGUACAACUGCAGAUAUAUCAACCGCAAAAAUGACUAGCACUACAUAUGCGCAUAGUACAAAUGUGGAAACAUCAACAACUGAAUUAAUUACAAGCACUUCAUCUGAACUAAGUACAACUGGAGAUAUACCAACAGAAGAAAUAAUUUCCAGCCCUGCAUCUGUAUUGAGUACAACUGGAGAUAUAUCAACCGCAAAAAUUACUAGCACUACAUAUGCGCAUAGUACAAAUGUAGACAUAUCAACAUCUGAGUUAACUGCCAACACUUCAUCUGAACUAAGUACUACUGGAAACAUAUCAACAGAAGAAAUAAUCACCAGCCCUGAAUCUGUACUGAGUACAACUGCAGAUACAUCAACCGCAAAAAUGACUAGCACUACAUAUGAGCAUAAUACAAAUGUAGACACAUCAACACCUGAGUUAAUUUCCAGCACUUUAUCUGAACUAAGUACAACUGGAGACAUAUCAACAGAGGAAAUAAUUUCCAGCCCUACAUCUGUAUUGAGUACAACUGUAGAUACAUCAACCGCAAAAAUGACUGGCACUACAUAUGAGCAUAGUACAAAUGUGGACAUAUCAACAGCUGAGUUAAUUGCCAGUACUUCAUCUGAACUAAGUACAACUGGAGACAUAUCAACAAAGGAAAUAAUCACCAGCCCUGCAUCUGUAUUGAGUACAACUGCAGAUAUAUCAACCGCAAAAUUAACUAGCGCUACAUAUGAGCAUAGUACAAAUGUGGAAACAUUAACAAAGGAAUUAAUUACAAGCACUUCAUCUGAUCUAAGCACAAGUGGAGCCAUAUCAACAGAGGAAAACAUUUCCAGCCCUGCAUCUGUAUUGAGUACAACUGUAGAUACAUCAACCGCAAAAUUGACUAGCACUACAUAUGAGCAUAGUACAAAUGUGGACUCAUCAACUGAGUUAAUUACCAGCACUUUAUCUGAAAUAAGUACAACUGGAGCUAUAUCAAAUGAGGAAAUAUUUUCCAGCCCUUCAUCUGUAUUGAGUACAACUGUAGAUACAUCAACCGCAAAAAUGACUAGCACUGCCUAUGAACAUAGUACAAAUGUAAACACAUCAACAACUGAUUUACUUACCAGCACUUCAUCCAAACUAAGUACCACUGAAGACAUAUCACCAGAGGGAAUAAUCACCAGCCCUGCAUCUGUAUUGAGUACAAAUGUAGAUACAUCAACUGCAAAAAUGACUAGCACUACAUAUGAGCAUAAUACAAAUGUAGACACAUCAACACCUGAGUUAAUUUCCAGCACUUUAUCUGAACUAAGUACAACUGGAGACAUAUCAACAGAGGAAAUAAUUUCCAGCCCUACAUCUGUAUUGAGUACAACUGUAGAUACAUCAACCGCAAAAUUGACUAGCACUACAUAUGAGCACAGUACAAAUGUGGACACAUCAACUGAGUUAAUUGCCAGUACUCCAUCUGAACUAAGUACAACUGGAGACAUUUCAACAGAGGAAAAAAUCACCAGCCCUACAUCUGUAUUGAGUACAACUGCAGAUAUAUCAACCGCAAAAAUGACAAGCACUACAUAUGCGCAUAGUACAAAUGUGGAAACAUCAACAACUGAAUUAAAUACAAGCACUUCAUCUGAACUAAGUACAACUGGAGAUAUACCAACAGAAGAAAUAAUUUCCAGCCCUGCAUCUGUAUUGAGUACAACUGUAGAUAUAUCAACUGCAAAAAUUACUAGCACUACAUAUGCGCAUAGUACAAAUGUAGACAUAUCAACAUCUGAGUUAACUGCCAGCACUUCAUCUGAACUAAGUACAAGUGGAGCCAUAUCAAAUGAGGAAAUAUUUUCCAGCCCUUCAUCUGUAUUGAGUACAACUGUAGAUACAUCAACCGCAAAAAUGACUGGCACUACAUAUGAGCAUAGUACAAAUGUGGACAUAUCAACAGCUGAGUUAAUUGCCAGUACUUCAUCUGAACUAAGUACAACUGGAGACAUAUCAACAGAGGAAAUAAUCACCAGCCCUACAUCCGUAUUGAGUACAACUGCAGAUAUAUCAUCUGCAAAAUUGACUAGCGCUACAUAUGAGAACAGUACAAAUGUAGACACAUCAACUGAGUUAAUUGCCAGUACUCCAUCUGAGAUAAGUACAACUGGAGACACAUCAACAGAGGAAAAAAUCACCAGCCCUACAUCUGUAUUGAGUACAACUGCAGAUAUAUCAACCGCAAAAAUGACUAGCACUACAUAUGCGCAUAGUACAAAUGUGGAAACAUCAACAACUGAAUUAAUUACAAGCACUUCAUCUGAACUAAGUACAACUGGAGAUAUACCAACAGAAGAAAUAAUUUCCAGCCCUGCAUCUGUAUUGAGUACAACUGUAGAUAUAUCAACCGCAAAAAUUACUAGCACUACAUAUGCGCAUAGUACAAAUGUAGACAUAUCAACAUCUGAGUUAACUGCCAACACUUCAUCUGAACUAAGUACUACUGGAAACAUAUCAACAGAAGAAAUAAUCACCAGCCCUGAAUCUGUACUGAGUACAACUGCAGAUACAUCAACCGCAAAAAUGACUAGCACUACAUAUGAGCAUAAUACAAAUGCAGACACAUCAACACCUGAGUUAAUUUCCAGCACUUUAUCUGAACUAAGUACAACUGUAGACAUAUCAACAGAGGAAAUAAUUUCCAGCCCUACAUCUGUAUUGAGUACAACUGUAGAUACAUCAACCGCAAAAUUGACUAGCACUACAUAUGAGCACAGUACAAAUGUGGACACAUCAACUGAGUUAAUUGCCAGUACUCCAUCUGAACUAAGUACAACUGGAGACAUUUCAACAGAGGAAAAAAUCACCAGCCCUACAUCUGUAUUGAGUACAACUGCAGAUAUAUCAACCGCAAAAAUGACUAGCACUACAUAUGCGCAUAGUACAAAUGUGGAAACAUCAACAACUGAAUUAAAUACAAGCACUUCAUCUGAACUAAGUACAACUGGAGAUAUACCAACAGAAGAAAUAAUUUCCAGCCCUGCAUCUGUAUUGAGUACAACUGUAGAUAUAUCAACUGCAAAAAUUACUAGCACUACAUAUGCGCAUAGUACAAAUGUAGACAUAUCAACAUCUGAGUUAACUGCCAGCACUUCAUCUGAACUAAGUACAAGUGGAGCCAUAUCAAAUGAGGAAAUAUUUUCCAGCCCUUCAUCUGUAUUGAGUACAACUGUAGAUACAUCAACCGCAAAAAUGACUGGCACUACAUAUGAGCAUAGUACAAAUGUGGACAUAUCAACAGCUGAGUUAAUUGCCAGUACUUCAUCUGAACUAAGUACAACUGGAGACAUAUCAACAGAGGAAAUAAUCACCAGCCCUACAUCCGUAUUGAGUACAACUGCAGAUAUAUCAUCUGCAAAAUUGACUAGCGCUACAUAUGAGAACAGUACAAAUGUGGACACAUCAACUGAGUUAAUUGCCAGUACUCCAUCUGAGAUAAGUACAACUGGAGACAUAUCAACAGAGGAAAAAAUCACCAGCCCUACAUCUGUAUUGAGUACAACUGCAGAUAUAUCAACCGCAAAAAUGACUAGCACUACAUAUGCACAUAGUACAAAUGUGGAAACAUCAACAACUGAAUUAAUUACAAGCACUUCAUCUGAACUAAGUACAACUGGAGAUAUACCAACAGAAGAAAUAAUUUCCAGCCCUGCAUCUGUUUUGAGUACAACUGUAGAUACAUCAACCGCAAAAAUGACUGGCACUACAUAUGAGCACAGUACAAAUGUGGACAUAUCAACAGCUGAGUUAAUUGCCAGUACUUCAUCUGAACUAAGUACAACUGGAGACAUAUCAACAAAGGAAAUAAUCACCAGCCCUGCAUCUGUAUUGAGUACAACUGCAGAUAUAUCAACCGCAAAAUUAACUAGCGCUACAUAUGAGCAUAGUACAAAUGUGGAAACAUCAACAAAUGAAUUAAUUACAAGCACUUCAUCUGAUCUAAGUACAAGAGGAGCCAUAUCAACAGAGGAAAACAUUUCCAGCCCUGCAUCUGUAUUGAGUACAACUGUAGAUACAUCAACCGCAAAAAUGACUAGCACUACAUAUGAACAUAGUACAAAUGUAAACACAUCAACAACUGAUUUACUUACCAGCACUUCAUCCAAACUAAGUACCACUGAAGACAUAUCACCAGAGGGAAUAAUCACCAUCCCUGCAUCUGUAUUGAGUACAAAUGUAGAUACAUCAACUGCAAAAAUGACUAGCAUUACAUAUGAGCAUAGUACAAAUGUAGACACAUCAACAUCUGAGUUAAUUACCAGCACUUUACCUGAACUAAGUACAACUGGAGACAUAUCAACAGAGGAAAUAUUUUCCAGCCCUACAUCUGUAUUGAGUACAACUGUAGUUACAUCAACCGCAAAAAUGACUAGCACUACAGUUACCACAGCUGAACAAAGGUUUACACCGACAAUUGUACAAUCUACAUCUCAUAUUAUCACAAGUAUACCACAUGAACCAACUAGUACUGAAGAGAGGUCCACAGCAAAAGUAAGCACUUCUUCUACUACUGAUAUUAUCACAACUAUUGAACAAUCUACAUCUCAUAUGAUCACAAGUUUACCACAUGAAUCAACUAGUAGUGAAGAGAGAUCCACAGCUAAAAUAAGCACUACUUCUACUCCUGAAGUUACCACAGCUGAACAAAGGUUUACACCGACCAUUGUACAAUCUACGUCUCAUAUGAUCACAAGUUUACCACAUGAAUCAACUCGUACUGAAAAUAAAUCCACAGCUAAAGUAAGCACUGCUUCUACUCCUGAAGUUACCACAGCUGAACAAAGGUUUACACCGACCAUUGUACAAUCUACGUCUCAUAUGAUCACAAGUUUACCACAUGAAUCAACUCGUACUGAAAAUAAAUCCACAGCUAAAGUAAGCACUGCUUCUACUCCUGAAGCUACCACAGCUGAACAAAGGUUUACACCGACCAUUGUACAAUCUACGUCUCAUAUGAUUACAAGUUUACCACAUGAAUCAACUAGUACUGAAGAGAGAUCCACAGCUAAAGUAAGCACUGCUUCUAUUCCUGAAGUUACCACAGCUGGGGAAAGGUUCACACCUACUAUUAUAAUCACCAGAUCAUCAGAACCAACAUCAACUAAAGGAAAAGCCACAGAUGUUACAAGUAGUGAGCCUAUACAAACCACAGUUGGAGAAAGGUCUUCACCUAUUAUCAUCACCAGUGAAGCACCUGAGAAAACCUCAGUUGUUACAAGUUACAGCACUAGAUAUGAACUAAGCACAACUGGAGAAAGGUCUACAUCAGUUACAACAAGUGGACAAAGGUUGUCAACUACUUUCAAAACAAGCAGUACAGCUGAUGCAACCAUAACAACUGGAAAUGGCACAACUGUGACGUAUUUUAGUAGUGGAUCUGACCUAAGCACAACUGACAUCUCACAAACUACAAAGCCUACAAUUGCCCAGACUACAAGUACCAUGAAGCCAGUGACAUCUAUUUCAACCUCUUUGCCCAUUAACACUACAAACUCUGUUGAACUGUUUGACUAUGGACUACAUAAUGGAGAUACAGCCUAUGUCCAAAGAAAAACAGAUUUUACCUCUCCAUUGUUCCAGCCACUCAUGGGAUUUCCCUUUGGAAACCAGAUAAGGAAUUAUAUAUAUUACACAGACAAUGGACAAAUCGUCUUCCCAAUAUCAAGAAAUAGCAUAUUCUCUUACACUAACCCUCCUCCUAAUGGAUUCAGUGCAAAUUAUAUUGUUGCCUCAAUCGCUGUGUUUUGGAGUGAUGCCGACUUCUCCAAGGACGUGGGUACUACAUACUACCAGAUAUACAGCGAAGGAAAGGAUGCUGUGACUGAAAAAGUUGAGGGCAUGAUCAAGAGAUACAUGAACCAUUCAUACACCGCUCAAUGGACAUUGAAGAUUACAUGGGAGAAUGUUCCUGCAUAUCCAGCAAAGGACAAUGAUAACAAGACCAACACAUACCAGGCCGUGCUGACCACUGAUGGAUUUGCUUCAUAUGUGUUGAUGCUGUAUAAAGCUGAUGGCAUGAACUGGGAUGAUGAACGCUUUCCCGAACCAAGGAUUGGCUACUGCAGCGGCAACAGGGACCAUUUCUUCUUAAAUGAUGAAAAGGCUGAGAAUAUCCAUCGGCCAAACAACUAUAAAGGAUAUAACACAGACUUGAAUGGACUUUGGAUAUAUUCACUGAAUAGCACAGUUUUGGACAACAGUCGUAUGAAAUGUCUCAACUGGUAUAAUGAUCAGCCAAAACCCUCAUCAUGGAAUCCUGGUUUAUUGUCUUGUCCCUGUUUAUAUAUGCAAGGAAUCUCUGACUUUCGAUAUAGAGUGACAAAAGCAGGUGAGUCAAGUAGUAUCAGCCUGCUUCGUAGCACAUUUCCUAAUCAGGAUAACGCCGGUGUGAGAUGUCUGUAUUACCGCAAGAAUCAGUACCUAGAUGGCUUCCAGGAACGACAAUGGAUGUUCUCCUCAUCAGGCACUGACCCAGAGCUUGAGGCAUAUGAUUUGUGCUGCAAUCAAGCGAAUGAUAACCAAUUUUGCCAAAUGUACAUGGAGAAGAGACCAUCAACCAACUGCAGAGAUUACAGACCUCUGGUCCCUGGAUGGAUGUUUGGAGAUCCUCACAUUACCACCUUGGAUGGACUCAGUUACACUUUCAAUGGACUUGGAGAGUUCAUCCUUGUUACUGCUUCUGAUGCAGGUAUCUCCUUCAUGCUGCAGGGACGUACAGUGCAGACCGGUGAAGCAUUGGCGACUAACUUCCAGGCUUUUGCUGUAAAUUACACCUCACCCAGUGCUACUGUUCAUGUGGAGUGGUAUCUUGGAGUGAAUGACAGUAUAACUGUUUCCCUUGAUGGGCACAAUGUUUCAUUCAGUUAUUUCGAAGAUAUGGGCGUAGAGAUCAAUAAUUCAAACCCCGCUGUCUUGCUACUAAAUGAUGAAUCCAUUACAGCAACAUUUGAGGGUCUUCUGUCUGUGUCAGUGUCAGCUUACUUCGGAAUGCUGAGCGCUGUAACCAGUCUUCCUAACAUCUUUCUAAAUAAAACCAAAGGCCUGCUGGGUACCUGGAACAGAGACCAGAGUGACGAUUUCUUGAGUCCAGAUGGCACUAUUAUUCCCAGUAACAGCUCAGAAGAAGAUAUAUUUAAUUAUGGAAAGCUGUGGGAAGUAAAGGAGAUGAACCUAUUUACCAAUAGGCAAGGAAAUGGAAAGAGCAUAUUCGAUUUCAAACCAGUUUUCUUAAGUAAUUUGACAGAACUAGAUACAUACAAUGACGUGAAGAUAGAGUGUCGUGACAAAACGGAAUGCAUAUUUGAUGCUUUGAGCACCAACGAUACUCAACUGGGCAAAGCAACUAGUACAGUAUCAGAAAUCUUAACGGAAACCAACAGCACUUUAUAUGCUGUACCUCCUUCUAUUGCUGGUAACGCAACCAUUGAAGCUUUCAUUAACAGCAGUGUUACAGUACUGUACACUACCAAUGGGACAGGAGUUAGCUUUACCGCUGAGCUUGAUACAGCUUCAGAUGAGACUACUACUUCAGAUAUCAGUGCAACUGCUGGUGGCUCUCUGACGUGGACACCAACCAGUACAUCAGAAUUCACUUUCACUCUUGUAGCCACCGACUCACAAAACUUCUCAUCCACCUUCCAGCCCAACUUUGUGGUCUGCAAUUGUAGAGACGUAUCUGAGUGUGAUUAUAAUACAACAAAUAAAGUCAGUGGCAGCUCUCUUUCUAUUGCAGGCUGCAAUUGCAUAAAUAACACAGGAGAAUAUUGCCAAAUCCUUCCAGAUCCGUGUUUUCAAGAGUGCUUCCCUGGGGUAUCAUGUAACAAUGGAUGUGAGCCUUGUCCUGAUGGCUACUCUGGGGAUGGAUUACAUUGCAUGGAUAUUAAUGAAUGUGUAGAAAUGAAACCAUGUUCUCCACAUGCUGCGUGUACAAAUUUGCCAGGGAACUAUAGCUGUAACUGCAAAGAGGGAUUUACCGGUAGUGGUACCGACUGUGUGGAAAUUUAUGACUGCCAAGACAACAAUCCGUGUUCUCCUAAUGCAAUCUGCAGUAACACAAAUGGGAGUCCCAGCUGUACCUGUGAGGUUGGAUUCACAGGUGAUGGCAAAUUAUGCUACUGUCUUGAUUGUGAAGCAAAUUACUGUCGUAAUGGUGGAACGUGCACCUCGUCCUUGAUUAAUUCAACUUGCUCUCCUAUAUGCCACUGCAUCCCAGCAUUCUCUGGUGAUCAAUGCAGAAAUCCUUACAAAAUAUUCAAUGCACAAUUUAAGCCAAAUGUGAAAAAGAGAUCUGUAAAUGUAACAUUAACAUCUUCUACAAUGAACUUUACUCGUGAAGAGGCAUUUGACAAGAUUCUAAGUCUUCUGGAUAAUGCUCCAGUGAAUGUAGCAUAUCUGUUUAGUAAAGAUGAAAGUGAAAUGGAAACCCCACAGAAUAUUUCUGGAUAUUUUGCAAAAUUCUUUGCCCGAUUUACCUAUGAGCCAAAUGUCACAAUAAUUAAUUUUCUGAAUGAUAACCUGACACAAUAUCUUCGGCACGCCUCUGGAGUUAGCAAAUAUUUAGUGAACCUUACCAUUUCUGAGGUCGUAGAUGGUGAAAAUAUGACUUUAGAUGAGCUGAAGAAUCUUACUACUUGUUAUUUGGAUAGUUAUACGUUGAAUACUGAAACAUUUCAAUGUGUUUCAAAAUGCGAAGACAAAUCAUAUUGUAUGAAUAAUGCCAACUGUACUCUCAUGGACAAUGGACAAAUAAACUGCACCUGUCAGCCCUACGCUAUAUAUAUAACAUCUGGAGAGCAGUGUGAGAACCUCUCCCUAAACCUGGAUAUUUUCUUUGGAAUGUUUUUUGGAACUUUGGCAUUUGUCCUGCUGCUUGUCCUGGCCACCUGGUUGGGAAUACACCUGUAUCGCCAGAGUAUACAUGAAGAUGACAACACAGAUGAGAUGUAUCAAUCUCAAUUUAGCUGGGCAGCAUCCCUGUUUCCAACUUUUGAAAGGCUGGAAGAAUAUUACAGACCAACUUUAAGCCUAGAAAAAGACACACCACAGUUGGUCAACUGGAAGCCGCAGCUGGAUAAAGUUGACUAUUCCAUGCAGAUGAAAAUAAAACGCCCGGAAGUUAAACUUGACUUGAGUGAAUAGAAAAUCAAAACAAAGUUGUAUAUGCACAUUGCUCUCUCCUAUACGAUGGAAAUAUUUGUAUGCUGGCCAGUACAAGGAAGUGACAAAUCCAGUGUCAAAUCUGAACUCCACGUCUUAAGGAAGUCAGAAGGCUGUACAAUGAUGAUGGAACAGAUACGGGAGCAUGUAGUGAUUUAACUUGUGUAUGGGUCAAUAUUUUUCAAAAAAAGUGAACUAUUUAAUAUAUGGAAAAACGUAAAUAUAAUGCAGUGCAAUAAGAUAAUGUUAUAACAAUUCAUCUCUGGGGACUUCAAUGUCUCCAACAAAGCAGGAAUUGCACAAUUGUCCAGUAUAAUGCACUGUUUCUUUUAUUGCCUACCGUUAACAAUGAUGAAUAUAUUUUCGUAACUGCUUUAUAUUGGUUUUUAAAUUAAUUUUGUAUCUUAAGUAUUCAAUUACAUGUUUAAUAAUAUACAUUGUAUAUAAGAACUUUAUAAAUCAGAACUUUAAAAUAUGAUAUUGUGAUUUUAACAGAAAUAAACAGAAAUG